UCGUUUUGCACGUGAAAUGUCUGGAGGAAAGCAACAAUUACAGGCAGUUUGUUCCGAAGCCCGUGAUAGGCGCGUACUUCGGCAGUAAUUCAUCGCUGAGGCGAGCAUUUUCUCUGGCAGUGCACACGGUGAACAGGUGCAUGUACGAUCGAGAAAUUUGCGAGACAAUGCACCCGACACCGGUCGGCAUCAACCAGCUCCUCUUCCACCAAGUCGAGUUUAGUGCGAUUGCCGUUGAAGCUGCCGACGACUUGAUUGAUCUUUACAAACAAUUUGGAGAGCUAGCGUGUGUCAGUAACGAAGACGAUUUCAGCGGAGGUGAGUGCGACGGUCUGGCAGUCGUGAUGGGGCCGCACGCUCGCAUUCCCUCGCUCUACGUCCAAGGAGUUUGCGAGAUCCACGACAUUCCUCACGCGAUCAUCAGGCGAGAAUUGGAUUUCGAACACGAUUUCCAUCAGUCGUUGAAUUUUUACCCGGACACCGAGACCCUUGCAAAGGUGUACGUCGAGAUGAUUAGAAAGUUGAACUGGACGGAUUUUUCCAUACUGUACGAGAGAACUGAAAACCUGCUGGCACUGGACAACCUGCUGAAAAUGUACCCGAUAAAAAGCCACAAGAUUUACGCCUACAAGUUGGGCUCCGACCGGACGACUUUCAGCGAAACACUCCUGAAAGUCAAGGCUACGAAGCAGAAAUCCUUCCUCAUUGACUGCGGCUUCCGCAUACUAGGUGACGUGCUGAAGCAGGCGCAGCAAGUAGGACUGAUGACGGAAUCCUUCAGAUACGUUGUGACAACCCUGGAUCUGCACGCGUUAAAUCUCCAUCCGUACCGCUACUCCGGCGUCAACAUAACUGGGCUGCAACUAGUCGACGUGGACAAUCCGUUCGUGAGCGAUUUCGUGAGCAAGCACCUGGACGAGCUGGGCAUCGACCACGUGAACAAGCUGCGCGUCCAGGACGCCGUGAUGUUCGACGCGGUCGCUCUGUUCGCCCAGGCUUACAAGGACUUCAGUUACCAGUACGAGCACGCGCAGCGCGGCGCUCUGCUGCCCCGCGCUUACGACCAAGAGACGCCGUGGAAGGACGGCGUCAGUCUGAGAAAUUACAUGCUGGCAACCGAAGUAAUGGGACUGACGGGGCCAGUGAUGAUAGACGGUGACGGGGUGCGACGUCGCUUCAAGUUGAGCGUGAUCAAUCUCCAUCAGUCGGGCCUCGCGAGAGUCGGCGAAUGGAACUCCGAGGAUGGCUUCAGCGAGCUCUACCUUGUAAAGACUCGGACCAGAGAGCAUUACAGAGUUCUGAUCACGCUGACGCCUCCUUACGCCUUCGAAAAGAAUCACACGAAUACACUGGAGGGCAACGAUCGCUAUGAGGGCUUCGUCAUUGACCUGAUCAAGAAACUGAGCGGACGGAUGAGCUUCGACUAUACGUUCUACGUGCAGAAGGAUAGGAACAAUGGCAAUUGCAAGAGAGAGGACAAGACUGGCGUGUGCCAGUGCACCGGCAUCAUGAACAACAUUUUGAAAAACGAAGUGGACUUGGCGAUCACGGACCUGACAAUCACGGAGGAUCGCCAGAAGUGCGUGCAAUUUUCCACGGCCUUCAUGAGCCUGGGCAUCAGCAUACUGUUCAAGAAGCCGCAGAAGGCCGAGGCCACUUGGUACUCGUUUUUCGCGCCUUUCCACCACCUGGUCUGGCUGUGCAUCGCCUUGACCUUCUACGUCAUGGGCGCGUUCUUUUACAUCUUAGGCCGUCUCUGCCCAGGCGAAUGGAUAAAUCCAUUUCCCUGUAUCGACGAGCCUGCCGAGCUUCACAAUCAGUUUACUAUUGGCAAUGCUUUGUGGUUCGUCAUGGGCUCCAAAAUGCAGCAAGGCUCUGAAAUCAUGCCCAUAGGUCUCGCUCCCAGGAUUUUAGCUGGCUGGUGGUGGUUCUUUUGCUUGAUCAUCGUUAAUACGUACAUUGCCAACUUGGUUGCUUUUCUCACAAUAGAAAAACCCGUCGUACUUGUGAAAAGCGUUGAUGACUUGAUAGGACAAACGGAAAUAAAAUACGGGGCUAAGGAGGGUGGAUCUACAUUGCAAUAUUUCAAAAGCUCAAAAAAGUAUCGACAACUCUAUGAUCAAAUGAUGGAUCCUGAUUGGAACGAGUACGUAGUCAAAGAUAAUAAUCAGGGCGUUGAGUUCGCCAAAAGAAAAGACAUAAAUUACGCUUAUUUCAUGGAAUCUGCAUCUAUAGAAUAUGAAAUAAAACGCAACUGCGAACUUCAACAAACAGGCAAACUCCUCGAUCAGAAGGCAUAUGCUAUUGCUUAUGCCCAAAAUUUCACGAAGCACAAGGAGUUGAAUUACGUGAUGUCCCUACUUCAGGAGUCGCUGGAAAUCAAAGACCUAAAAGACAAGUGGUGGAACAUGAAGGGCGCAGUUUGCGGCGAAAGCAAAAAAACGGAGACCGUCGAGUACACACGCCUCACGCUCGAGCAGAUGAAAGGUAUUUUUUAUGUGUUGGGAGUGGGCCUCGCGUUGUCAUUCGUAUACACGAUCUACGAGUUCGCGCACAGUAUUCGCUCCAUUUCCAAGACGUCCGAGCUUGGCUUUUGGACAAUCGCUCGAAUGGAAUUGAGAAUAACGACCCCAUUGAAACCAGAGUUAAGUAAGCAGAUCUCUUUGAAGACCAGCUCUAUCGACGGCACCUUGAAUAACUUGGCAGUCACGACGCGUGCCUAGGAGUCUCUUCAACGCAGUUUCCAUUGUCAUUAUUUUCCGCGGUUUUCGCUUUUACUCGUGGGUUUUGCGAAUUAACAGAACUGCUUGUAUAAGGAAUAACAAUAAAUAUUUCUGAAACGUGUCACUGCGUACAUAUCAAGUGAGAACGGUUCGUGUAUACUUUAGUCAGAUGCUCGUACUUAACGACGACAAAUGCAAUGUACGUUCGAAAAACCGAGCAUAGCUCGAAUUGUUCUUCUACUGAAAUUUACCACAAAUUGAUGAUAGUCAAAACAUCAAGUACGUGUAAAAUUUCCUUUUAUAGAUACAUUACGAUUACAUUAGCAUUUCUGAUAAAUCUUUUUUUCUCAAGGUUUUGUAUCUCCUAUCAUAUAAGGCAUAUUAUACCAUUGA